CCACACAUCUCGAUUGUUAAAGCGCGACAUUUUGUGUGAUCUUUUAAUUUAAAUUUUUACAUUUGAUGUCAUGCUUCAUAAGUGAUCACAACCAAGCGAAACAAUUUAUAGAAAAAACUAAAGUUAAAUGAAAUCAAACCGAAUUUUUAAGGAUCAUUGAUCACCAACGACAUACACAAAGCAAAACAAAGUUGUUGAGUGAGACCUAAAUAAAUAAGCAAAAUCUAACUUUGGUCAGAGUAAAUUUUCUUGUGUCGAUCAAAAUUCAAGAGAGAAUAUUUAAUUUGGUUUUGUGAAUAAAUUUCGAUCAAUAAUCAUGUCAUCCAAAUCGUACGAUUACGCGAUCAAUGGUAUUUUAACAACUGGUAAAACACUAUAUUUGAACGAGAAGUUUUCCGAUUUUAGCUUUAUUUGCAAAUCAGCCGAUGGAUUGGAUGAAAUUAUUCCGGUUCACAAAUCCUUUUUGGCGAGCGUAAGCGAUGUGUUCGAUGUGAUGUUCAGUGAUACAUGGAAAGGAAAAGUGAACGUUGUGAUUCCUGAUGCAACGGCCGCUGAAUUCAGGGAAUUUUUACAAUUCUUCUACUUGGAACGGGCAAAAUUAACAACGGACAACAUCGAAAGAGUCAUGUAUCUCGGAAACAAAUACAUUGUGCCCGAAUGUAUGAAUGCGUGUGUAAAAUUUCUGCAUCGAAUUCUUACCGAAGACAAUAUUUGUUUUGGCUACAGUCUUGCCAUUCUCUACAAUCAAAACGAGUUGAAACGAUUCUGUGAACUGAUAAUCGCCAGCAAAACAAGAGCAGUUUUUUCAUCGGCCAGUUUUCUGGAAUGCAGCAAAGAUGCGCUAGAGCAUAUUUUGAAAAUGGAUUCACUAUCUUGUUCCGAAGUAGAUGUAUUUGAAGCAUGUAUGGAAUGGGUAAAAAGUGCUUGUGGAUUGGAACUGGAAGAAUUGACAAGAGAAAUCAUUCAAACGUAUCUUGGUGAUUUGAUUUACGAAAUUCGCUUCAAAUCAAUAAAACCACAGCAAUUUGGCUAUCUUGCUUCAAUCUAUGGCCGUUUAUUCUCAUCAGAUGAGUACAGAGAAAUUGUUCAAUUGACUGCAUUAUCGCACUUUGAACCGAAUGCAUUCAAACAAACACUGAGAACAUCAUUUAAAAAAUUUCAGUUCAAUGAAAGCGAAAAAAUUGUAUGCGACCGCCUUAUGGCGUUAAACUUUUCAACGAGCCCAUAUUACAUCAAAAAUAUUGAGAAGACUGUAUUUUCGGUGAACCAACCGAUGGUGUUGCAGCAAAUUGUAUGCAGCCAAGUAUGUGAAUACAAGUCAAAUGAUUACUUUCCCAUAGACGGCUUGUCGACUGAAAUAAAAAUCGUUCAAGUUAGCGAAUCGGAAUCUUCUGACGAAGAAAUCAUUCUUCAUGAUAAGAAAUUUCACUUGAAAUCUGAACUUACAUAUAUAAAUUUUUCGAAGACAAAACUUGUUAGACCGGGCUUUAUGUAUGAAAUUCAACUAAAACAAACACCACCGCCAAACUACUGCACCGGCAACAUUCUCAAGACCGAAGUUCAAUUGGAAUCGAAUAUUUUGAUACAGUUUUAUCGCGAUCCGAUCGGAGAAAGGGAUAAAGUCGCUAGAGGGAUUGUACACAAGAUUGCAUUUUAUCGAGUUUAAUAAUGCUAAACGUGUAUUCUUCAUUAGGAUUACAAACGACAUUUAUGUUGUUUUUAUCGCAAAUUCUGACUCCUGAAGUUUUGAAGUGCCAAUGCAAACGUCAAUUGUGAAAAUUCAAAAAUGUUAACAUUUAAGUUUUUUUGUUUGUUUAACAAAUCCGCUUU